GACCCACAGGACAGCAUGGCCCCUUCCCGAAGCGGCGAAUAGUGGGUCCUCCGCCGUGCGCCUGCCCUGUCCGGUACAUAACGAUACACGCGAUACCGUAAGUUCACAGCAGGCGGAUGACGAAGAAGGUCACAUGAGAACGGUCACGCGCCAAUCAGCGGCCACCGAGCUGCUGUAACGCCGGUAUUGGCAUUUUACCCACGCUCGCGGGUUGCACGCUAGUAACACCGCCGGCGUUUCGCCUUUUUUGCGCUUUCCACUCUGCGACUUGAGUAUAAUAGCGCUGCUCGAUAUAGAGUGGGAGCGCCAGCAUGGCAUGGCAGGCCUUGUACGGAGUACGCUGUGCGGAUACAGGAGCAGCUAUAGCGCUGGGAGAAAUAUGAUAACAAUAACAGUAAUUACUUGGAAGACGGCUUCUAUGGUGGGCGUAAUGGAGAACCGCCAGUUGACUAGACAGCCCACCCAGCCCGGAUAAGGGUCCAUUGAAGGAGCCGUUGCUCUCAGGGAUCAGCGUGGGCGGUGGCUUUCUUCCUCGAUCCCUGCUGGACGUCAUAAUUAUUUUUCCUGAUGGGCUGGCUGCUGGUGUUCUGUUCUGUGCAUGGAGCAUUUCGUGCAUGGCAGUAUCCACCACCGCACACUGCUGCAUCCCAACAGAAGCAAAAAGAAGCUGAGGUCUGCGAUGAGGUACGGAGAUCCUCAGGUAUCACUUCGACUACUACUACUACUGUGGCCGUCGAUCCAAUCCAUCAGGACAAUAAUCAGUAUCCCUGGGCUUCGUGUGCCAGAAUGUCUCUUUUUAUCUCCGUGGCUCGCUACUGGCUGCCGAAUCACCCAUACACACCCCUUUCUGCAAGGCCAGCAAAGGGUGGUGGUCGACCGUUACAGUGUGAUCACGCCGACGUCGCACAUACUUGCUUGCAUGCAGCAUACAUAAAAGGUAGAUGCAGCAUAACUCUCAUUAUUCCACUAUAAUAGCUCUUUCUCGCAGUUGCUGGCUAUCCAAUCUUCCUGAUAUUAUUCCACGCUAUUAUUCUCAUCGCGUAGUUAAGCGGCUGUCUGUCAUCGUCUGGCGUUGGGUCUCCCGCGUCGGUGGUUGUUGGUUCUCGUAGUCUGGCUGCCGGUUCUUCAACUCUGGGACCGAAAAAAGGGUGCUUAGCUAAUAUGCUAUUUUUAGUUUUUAGCUUGUCCGCUGUUAUUUUUAGCUGACCUUGGCCAAAUUCUCACCAAUCAGAGGCCGAAGAAACGGAAGAGACAGCAUAAAAAAAAAUACAUGCUCUGCCAUGCACAGCCCUGAUACUGGAGCCUGCUCGCUGGCGAGUCGUCUGGUUGCUCGUCGCUUGACCGUGCUGUCAUUCCACCUCUCGCUUGUUCGGAUAGCCAAACUCUAAAUACACCAGAUGGAACCCUUCGAUGAACCGCCAGAGAGGGAGGUAGCAUUUUUGGCGUUUCUUUUCUUCUUUCCCAUGCUUCCUCUGGCAUCCUUAAAGAUGACUUCACUGCCCUUUCUUGUUCGACAGGCGCAGCAUACGAGGGGAUGAUGGCAUUUGUGGGAUCUUCCCUCUGCCCUAUCUCCCAACGGCCGUGCUGGCGAAUCAUUCGGCCCGAAACGCUUUCUGUCAUCAAGCAGGAUUUACGAUUAUCGCGGAUAAUUGUCAGACACUUUUUCUAUAUAUAAUUUCUCCUAAUUGACUGACUCGGUACUCCGUACGGAGGACACGCCUUACCAAGCUUGUCACCGGCCGAACUAGCCCAUGCCUGGCUAACUUUCAAUGGAUGAGGAAAUGCUAUCUUGUGCAACGUGGUCAUCCAAAAUGGAUGUAUGUACAAAACCAGGCCGAUUUUACGGUACUUGCUGUCUUCCCUUGAGAGGUACGGAGGUGUUUGAAACUGACAUCGGGGCCUUAUCCCAUCCUCCAUUUGCACUUCGCAACCCAUAUUAGGCUGCUCGGGAGCAAUUAGAUUAAUUAUCCCGUUUCCGAUCUUUCCUUUUUUCCCCCCAUUCCUCUAAAUGUAUCAAGCGGUGUAAGCACAUCCCACUGCCUUUCACUGCCUCCUCCGUAUAUUUACACUUGAUACAUGUGUGCCGACUGGGGCACAGUUAGCAAGCCCCAGACGCACAUAUCCAGCAUAAGGUAACUCUGUAGCACGCUUCCAUACUCCGCAUUGCUGUCGUGCAUUUGUUCGCUGUAUCCUCCUCUUUCUCCCCAAUUCCCUGUGGAUUCCCCUUGUUCAGCUGGAAAUUGGCGUUUCAUCUUCCAAGUCACUUAGUUGCUGGCUGCACCCUGCGAACUCCUUUCACCAGAGCGAAGACCACGCCUGUCCUUGUACAUACUUUCCUUUGCCCUGGAGAAGAUCACAGCCGGAAAUCAGAAUCUCAGGAAAAUGUACAGACACCUUGUUGAAACGGACGUUGUGCUUUUCCGUUACUUAACGCCAAGUAUAAGCAAACUGGCCUGCAUGAACGAAAAAAAAAUAUGAACAAGAGCAGACGUGGCCAGGUUCAUGAUUUUUUUCUCCAAACUUCUUCCAAGGUGGG